UCCAGCCCCGCCUCCCGCCGGCCGAGCUCCGGGCCGCCGGGCCUCAGUUCUCGGCUAUAGUCCGCUGCGCUCGCCAGUACCGGGCACUGACAGAACCAUGUCUGCCUCCUUGCAGAGGUUUCCGCCCUUGCGCCGGGUUUUCGUGGUGGGGGUUGGCAUGACCAAGUUCAUGAAGCCUGGUGCUGAGAAUUCAAGAGACUACCCUGACUUGGCAAAAGAAGCAGGCCAGAAGGCUUUAGCUGAUGCACAGAUCCCUUAUUCAGCAGUGGAGCAGGCAUGUGUUGGCUACGUUUAUGGUGACUCUACCUGUGGGCAGAGGGCUAUUUAUCACAGUUUGGGACUGACUGGAAUUCCUAUUGUCAAUGUCAACAAUAAUUGUUCUACUGGUUCUACUGCUUUGUUUAUGGCCCGGCAGCUGAUUCAGGGUGGUAUAGCAGACUGUGUCUUGGCUCUUGGGUUUGAGAAGAUGGAGAAGGGAAGCCUUGGAGUGAAUUUUUCAGGUAGGACCAAUCCACUUGAUAAACAUCUUGAUGUCCUAAGCAAUAAGUAUGAAUUGUCUGCCUGCCCAGUUGCUCCUCAGAUGUUUGGGUUUGCUGGAAGAGAACAUAUGGAAAAAUAUGGAACAAAAAUUGAACAUUUUGCAAAAAUUGGAUGGAAAAAUCAUAAACAUUCAGUUAAUAACCCGUAUUCCCAGUUCCAAGAUGAAUACAGUUUAGAUGAAGUGAUGGCAUCUAGAAAAAUUUUUGAUUUCUUGACCCUCCUACAAUGUUGUCCCUCUUCAGAUGGUGCUGCAGCGGCAAUUUUGGCCAGUGAAAUAUUUGUACAGAAAUUUGGCCUGCAACACAAAGCUGUGGAAAUUUUGGCGCAAGAAAUGGUGACUGAUUUGCCAAGCUCAUUUGAAGAAAAAAGUGUUAUUAAAGUGGUUGGCUUUGAUAUGAGUAAAGAAGCUGCCAAAAAAUGCUAUGAGAAAUCUGGCCUGAGACCAAGUGAUAUUGAUGUAAUAGAACUUCAUGAUUGCUUUUCUUCCAAUGAACUCCUUACUUAUGAAGCAUUAGGGCUCUGUCCAGAAGGAGAAGGUGGGACACUGGUUGAUAGAGGAGACAAUACUUAUGGAGGAAAAUGGGUUAUAAAUCCUAGCGGUGGAUUGAUUUCAAAGGGACACCCACUGGGAGCUACAGGUCUGGCCCAGUGUGCUGAACUCUGCUGGCAGCUGAGAGGGGAAGCCGGAAUGAGGCAAGUUCCUGGUGCAAAGGUGGCUCUGCAGCAUAAUUUAGGCCUUGGAGGAGCUGCGGUUGUAACGAUCUACAAGAUGGGUUUUCCCGAAGCUGCCAGUUCUUUUAGAACUCAUCAAAUUGAGGCUGCUCCAACCAGCUCUCCAGGUGAUGGAUUUAAGGCAAAUCUUGUUUUUAAGGAGAUUGAGAAGAAGCUUGAAGAGGAAGGGGAACAGUUUGUGAAGAAAAUUGGUGGUAUUUUUGCCUUCAAGGUGAAGGAUGGCCCUGGGGGUAAAGAAGCCACCUGGGUGGUAGAUGUGAAGAACGGCAAAGGAUCAGUGCUUCCUAACUCAGAUAAGAAGGCUGACUGCACGAUCACAAUGGCUGACUCCGACUUACUGGCUUUAAUGACUGGUAAAAUGAAUCCUCAAUCGGCCUUCUUUCAGGGCAAAUUGAAAAUCACUGGAAAUAUGGGUCUGGCUAUGAAGUUACAAAAUCUUCAGCUUCAGCCAGCCAAAGCUAAGCUGUGAAGAACUUCCCUUUGACUACUUUUGAAAAUCAAGAUGAAAUAUAUAGAUAUGUAUCCAUAUAUUUCAUUGUCAGAAUUUAGACUGAGACUACAAAUUGGCAAAUUGUGUGAGAUAGAUUUGUUUUUCAAUGGGUAUGACCAAUCCUGUUUUUCCUAUGCUCUGGGUGAAUGGAGCCUGAUGGUGUACUACUGCUUUGCUGAAUUGCAUUCAACUAUGCAUUACAAAGUUAAUAUGGUAAUUAUGGUUUGGGGUAAAAUUGAGUUUCAGAAUAAAAUUAGGAACAGUAAAAUCCAAAAAAUUAUGUAAACAAAAGCUCUUAUUUUGCUUAUAAAGCAUAUUUAAGGAUUAUUCUACUGAAAAUUCAGUUUAAGAGUUUUCCUUGGAGAGAACUAGGGAAGAAACAAUACCAAUAGCCAGUCAGUAAUUAGCGUUAUGCACUUAAUGACCUUAAUCAAUCCCUCAUUAAUAGUUCUUAAAAUUCUGUACCAGGAUUAAAAAAAAACAAAAACUUAAAAAUGUUGCGUUUCCUGCCAUCAGAAACAGUAUUUUCUUCCCAAAUCAAAAUAAAAGAAAUAUGAUCACAGCUUGGGAGGAGGGGAUGUGUAACUGAACACAGGCCUAUUUUUAAAAUAAAAAUAUUUUAAAAUAUUUUAAAAAUGGGUUUCCUUCUUAAAAAAUUAGUGUAUUAAAGUCAUAAAACACUGUUGUUAAAAAAUAACUUAACAAAUAAAGUUUGCUUAGAGAUGCACAGUUUUUAAAUUAUAUCUCAUAUUUAAAUUUAUAAAGCUCUCAGUCUUUUGUUAUAAUUUUCCUUUUUCAUGUGAGUUUAAUUAUCUGCAUUUAUCUUUUUUCCUAGUUUUUCUAAUACUAAUGUUAUUUCUUAUAUUCAGUAAGAUAUGGGAUAAAAUAAUGCUUUUGGAAGAAUGUUUAAUAGAAAAUUAAAAUAGCUCUUCCUGG